UUACUUGUGUCUUCUGCCGAAUGUACCGGUAAAACAACUGUAUCCUCUGAAAAGGAAGGUGUUCAGAUCUUUUAGAGGGAAUUCAGAGGAUUUCACUGUUGAAAACUGAUCUGCUAAGAAUUAGGAACAGUGGAAAAGAGAGAUCAGACUGCAUUCAUAGCCAAAAUGGAUUUGGUUACCAAUACCACAGAGGCAAUAAAUAUGACUAACAGUGUCAUCCAUUGCCCAUCAAACCAAAACUUUGAACCUUUGAUCCUGCAUAUCCUCGUGAUCAUUGAGGUGAUUGUGGGCCUGCCAGGAAACAUGGUCGCUUUGUGGAUUUUCUGUAUCUGCAUAAAGUGUUGGAAACCACACACUCUCCUCCUCUUUAACCUGGCUCUAGCUGACCUUCUGCUCCUCAUAAGCGUGCCCUUCCGCAUCCACACUGCUCUCCAAGGUGACCACUGGGUGUUCGGACAAGUCUUGUGCCGCGUCAACCUCUUCAUGCUGGCUGUCAAUCGCGCGGCCAGUAUUGCAUUCAUGACAGUUGUGGCACUGAAUCGCUACUUUAAAGUGGUCCAUCCGCAUCACUGGAUCAGCCGUAUGUCUUUAACUCAGGCCUGUUGGACUGCAGGUCUUAUGUGGACUGUUGUGAUUGCAGUUCGGUUUCCAUUGUUAACCACCAACCUCCUCCUCCAACAUGGCAACGUCUCUUUGUGUCGCAGCUUCAACGCCUACAGUGUAGUCCCUUUGCCAUUAAAGAUACACUAUGUGGCUUUCGUUGCAGAGUUCUUCCUGUCCUGGUUCCUGAUUCUGUAUUGCUCCGCUCAUAUUGCAUGCUUUCUGCACAAACAGCAGAGGGACACGCAAAAAAAGGUGCGGAAGGCAAUCCAAGCGGUAGGGGUGAUCAGUUUGGUGUUCACCAUCUGCUUCUUGCCAAGUAUCCUCACAGGCCUGGGUGCGCUGUGUGUCCAGUAUUUCCACCCCACGAACUGCACAUCCUACAAUCUGAUCACCCAGCUCUUUAUGAUCUGCCUCGGCUUCACCUACCUCAACAGUGCUCUGGAUCCUCUCAUUUACUCUUUCUCUAGUUCCAUGUUUCAAGAUGCCCUCAAGAGCUCCAUCAGUUGCCUGAGCCUCAAGAAGAAGAAUGUCAGACCAGUCAACAACCAAUAGCAAAAAAUAAUACAAUAUUAUAUGACUUUUAAUGGGUAGACUACUGAGGAUGUUGAAGAGUCUUGGGGAAGAUACUGGACCACUCUGAAAACAACCCAUAAAUGAAAUGGAGUCACUGUUUAUUAGGAUGCACAAUGGUAUUGGCCGAUAUUUGCCUUGUUGAUGGCUGUCAACUUAUCUGUAAAUACCAUGGCAUUAACACACAUUACAGUUUUACAAAAAAUGGGGAUGGAUGUUCUUCACAUUUACAUCACUUUAUUCUUAGCUUUGAGUCUGUCAGACAUUUAUCACAGCAUUUAUGCUAUAAAGUGAAACGCUGCAUAGAUGUAAGUGUGUGGAAAUCUUUUUUUUUUUUUUUACAUAUGUUGUAUUAAAUUUUACGCUGGCAAAAAGCAGGGCUCCACACUAACGGUUUGAACAGCAACUUGGUGCUGAGAGCUAGUUAACAUAGCUGUUAGCAGCUGCUGGCUUUCUCUAUCUCCUUAGCACAAAAGGGGGAAUAAAUAACAAUGGAAAACAGAAUGAACAUCAACAAUAAAACUUCAGUAGCCUAUUGGUAUCAGCUAAUGAACAAAUUAUUAUUUUAAACAUUUGUGUCAGUGGGUCCAGAAUUCCACAAUUUGUGCAUGCCUAACUGUUUAAGUAUUUAACCACAGUAUUUUUUUCUGGUUUAUGCCCCAGUCUGAGGACAGGAGUGCUGCAGGGGAAUGUCCUGACAGGUACAGUUCUGUGUCUGCAAGUAUUGACAAUCACUAUAUUUUAAGAAGGAUCUUUGUUAUAACAUCCACAACGUCAGAUUCUUUACAGAAACCAAUGGUGUUCCUUCCUAUUAUGUUGAAACUGUAUGAUA